AAUCAGUUGUUUCUUCCUUUUCACGUGCUGCCAGCAAUCCAACAUGGCGCACUACAACUUUAAAAAGAUAACAGUCGUCCCUACAUCGAAGGACUUCAUUGACAUCGUCCUUUCCAAGACACAACGGAAAACACCGACUGUUGUUCACAAGGGUUAUAAAAUCAGCCGAAUUCGUGGCUUUUACCUGAGGAAAAUCAAGUAUACACAACAGAACUACCAUGACAAGCUAUCACARAUUAUCACAGAUUUCCCCAGACUUGAGGAUGUCCAUCCAUUCUAUGCCGAUUUGAUGAAUGUAUUGUAUGAUAGAGAUCAUUACAAGUUAGCACUCGGACAGAUAAAUACAGCAAGAAAUCUAAUUGACAAUGUUGCAAAAGAUUAUGUCAGAUUAAUGAAGUAUGGGGAUUCACAGUACAGAUGCAAACAACUCAAAAGAGCUGCUCUGGGAAGAAUGUGCACAAUAAUGAAAAGACAGAAGCAAAGCUUAGAAUAUUUAGAACAAGUAAGACAACAUUUAUCAAGAUUGCCGUCAAUAGAUCCCAACACAAGAACUCUCUUGGUUUGCGGUUUUCCUAAUGUUGGAAAGUCAAGCUUUAUGAACAAAGUAACCAGGGCAGAUGUCGAGGUGCARCCAUAUGCAUUCACCACAAAAUCUCUGUUUGUUGGUCACAUGGAUUACAAGUAUUUGAGAUGGCAGGUCAUGGACACACCUGGGAUACUUGAUCAUUCUUUGGAAGAAAGAAAUACUAUUGAAAUGCAGGCCAUCACAGCAUUGGCUCACCUUCGAGCUGCAGUUCUCUACGUAGUCGACGUUUCUGAACAGUGUGGCCACACCCUUGAAGAACAAGUAGAGCUGUUUAACAACAUUAAACCACUGUUUGCCAACAAGCCUUUGAUUGUAGUUGUCAAUAAAAUUGACAUUGUCAGACCUGAGGAACUCUCAGAGGAGAAACAAGAAACCUUAAAAUCAUUUGAGGGUGAAGCGACAACUAUCAUCCCAAUGAGUACUUUAAGUGAAGAAGGCGUCAUGAAUGUCAAAAACGAGGCUUGUGAAAGACUUCUCGCACAGCGAGUCGAAGUGAAAAUGAAGAGUAAGAAAGUAAACGAUGUUAUCAACAGACUUCAUGUUGCCGUUCCAACACCUCGUGACAACAAGGCCAGACCACCAUUCAUUCCACAGGCUGUUUUGGACAAGAGAAAUGCCAUGCAAGUUGAAGGAGUCAAGAAGAAGAAGUUGGCAGUKGARCUGGAAAAAGAGUUGGCUGAGGAYUAUUAUCUUGAUUUGCGUCAACACUGGGACUUGCAUAAGGAGGAAGAAAAAGGAGAUGUUAUUCCCGAAAUAUUCCUUGGAAAGAAUGUUGCGGACUACGUCGAUCCUGAUAUCAUGAAGAAACUUGAAGAAUUGGAGAGAGAGGAAGAACUCAGAGAGAAGGCUGGCGUUUACGAYUCAGAUUCGGAAGAAGAACUUGACUCUGAACAAGAAGAGAUCAAAAACAAGGCAGCACAGAUUCGAGAGAAAAGAGCUCUUAUCGUAAAAGAACACCGAGAURAUAAAGGAACCACAAACAGACCUAUUAUUCCUCGAGUAUCUUUAGCCAAGGCCAAAGCAGCUCGAUCAAGGCUAGAAGGUCGUCGAAAAGAAGUCGGGAUGGAUGAUGAAGACAUGGAUGACAUGGAUGAUGCAAUGGAAGAGGACGAUGAUCCAAUGUCUGGAGGCAGCAAACGAUCUCGUUCCAAGACUCCUGCCAGUCGUAAACGAAGGAGGGAAGCUUCCAGUGUGGGUCGAAGUGCGUCACGCAGCGUGUCACGCCUUCCACGUGACCAAUCUGGUCUAUCGCAUCCUGAGAAAAAGGCCAAAGCAAGGAAAAUGGUGAAGACUUCACAGAGAAAGAUGAAUAGAAUGGGCAAAGCUGGUGAAGCUGACAGAAUGAUUCGUACCAAGAUGCCCAAACACUUGUUCAGUGGGAAAAGAAAAUCAGGCAAAACUGCAAGRCGAUGAUGUUUUAUUUCAUGUGAUCUUAAACUAUUCAUUAAAGGGACUGACCUCAAAAUGUU